UUCUGCUCUACAUUAUGGACGGCUUUGUUUUGACUGGGUCGUUUAUUUAUUUGAGGACAGGACCUGACUUGGGGUUUAUUUUGAGUACAAAAUCGAGCCCUAUGACCCGUCUGUUUGCAUUUAAAACACCUACUAUUACGCGCAUGGUCAAUUACCAUUGGUUCUACAUGCCUUGUUUCUACUGAGACAUGAAUCUGGCAUGUGAGAAAGAUACCUGGCAGACUUCAGAGAAGUACCCCUCCUCUAAAGCUGUAGACGGAUUGUGUGGAAAUCUAUCAGAAAGCGGAGGCCAGUGUGCGGUGUCUUUGGAGUCGAACGCCGAUGUCACUUGGCUAGUGGACCUCGGUACAAUUCAGAGUAUUCAUAAAAUAGUCAUACAUUAUAGAACCGAUGAAAUGCCAUUUGCAAACAGUGAUUUGGCAGGCACCUUUCUUGGAUUUUCUGUCUAUGUGUCGAAUACAACAGUCAAGGAGGACGGGUACCUGUGUUAUCACGACACGACGUAUACACCGUCAACUAUUCCGUCAAGUCUGACCAUAGAAUGCACCAUGCCAGGUCGAUAUGUGAUCUAUUUUAACACCAGAGAAGGCAAUCUGUCCACAAAAUCUGGCUAUUCUACAAAGGCACAAAUAAAUCUAUGCGAAGUGGAGGUGUAUGGUUGUCCUCUAGGGUUCUAUGGUGUGCAUUGCUCAAAGACUUGUCCAGUUAACUGUCACCAUUGCAGCAUUGUGUCUGGAGAAUGUCUUGGAGACUGUCGGCCUGGUUUUUCCGGACAAUUCUGUGAUAAUUAUGAAAGAAUUAAUAUGGCAUUGCAUCGCCCGACUUUUCAACUGCAUACACUUUUUGACGGACAACCAAGUUCCAGACUCGUUGAUGGUAAAAAAAGUGAUCUUAAUAUACUCAGCAGUCAGUGCACUUCUACUCAAGAUGGCCAGUCGUUUGUAAUGUGGAGGGUAGAUUUAGAAAAUUACCGUCGCAUUGAACGCAUUGUUAUCUACUCAAGAACGGAUAAUAAAAAAUGGGAUGUCAACAAUGGGUUUACAAGAAGACUUUUAGGGUUUUCAGUUGCCGUUUCGAAUACGACUGAUUACAAUCAUGGCGUUAUUUGUUAUCAUGAGAGAAAAUACAACAAGUAUACGAUACCUUCCAUUGUGGAUUUUUUCUGCUCUGCUGUUGGUCGAUAUGUAAUAUUUUACAAUGAGAGACGCCCAGGAAUCAGCUACCCAGAAGAUUACAGUCAAUACGCCUUUGUUGACCUCUGUGAAAUAGAAGUUUAUGGUUGUCCAAUACCCCAGUAUGGAUUUGAACAACCAGCCUGCACACUUCCUUGUGCUGCCUUGUGUAAAUAUGAUAUGGAAAAUCUGAGUUACAGGAAACAAACUUGGCUGUCAUCACCAUUCAGCCCUUUUAUGGCUGCCGAUAAAGCAGUUGAUGGACGAUAUACGUCACGCCAUUACUCAAGUGGACAGUGUGCAAUAUCAAAACCAUCAACACAAAUAACAUGGUGGGUUAAUUUGGGAAAGAUACACAGGAUCGAACUCGUCGUAAUCUAUUUCAGGACCGAUAACGUACAAUGGGGAAUAAACAAUGGCUAUACGGCAGUUUUCCUAGGAUUUUCCUUGUACAUUUCGAACUCUACUAAUCGUCUUGACGGAAUCCUAUGUCACCACGAUACAAAUUACACAAGAGAAACCAUUCCUGAUCACGUGACUAUUGAUUGUCCUUAUCAUGGACAAUAUGUCAUUUUUUACAAUGAACGUCUGCCCGGAGUUACCUACCCUUCCGGGUAUUCAAACUUGGCUUAUGGUGACCUGUGUGAAGUUGAGGUCUAUGGUGGUUGUCCCAGUCCUGUGGGUAAAAAUCCUCAGUGUUCGAGACCUUGUCCCUGGAAUUGUGAACAAUGCUACCGUGACACGGGGCUGUGUGCCAAAUGUUGGCCUGGAUUUCGAGGUCAUGCUUGCGAAUUGCCUUGCCAAGCUAUAGGUAACGUUACAACGUCAUCCAGUGUUAUUUACAAUGGACCUAUAUACCAGGCGCUGUUGUCUUCCAAUGGACUUUAUUAUCCGGGCACUGAACGAGGAUAUGCAUAUAUAAAUAUGACUUUAUCUGAGAAGUCGACAAACAUUGUUGGUCUGUCCUUCACCCUUCAUCAGGCAUCCAACGUGAUGGUUACCUUACUGGAUAACAAACAAUCUGUUAUCAAGAAAUAUUUCGAACACUCCUCAGACAAUCAGAAAUGGAAUGUAAAAGUAAUUAACAGCGUGACCUCCCAGGUUCAUUCCAUCAGUGUAGCGGUGGUGUAUAAGCACCAGUUUACUAUCUCAAGUAUGAGGCUUCCUCUGCGAAAAUGCAAAAAUGAAGAUAUAUCAUCUGAGGCACAGAAGAAUGAUGAUGUAUUUAAAUACCUCUAAAGAUUCAUUUUAAUGGAUUUUUUUAGUGUAAAAAUUUUAACAAAACGUAAUUCUCUUUUUCACGUGUUUGAUUGGAACUCAUUUUUGUGUAUUUCGAAAAACAAUGCUAUCUUAUGAUAUGAACAAUAUUAAACAUUGCACUUAUACGCAAGUUUUUCUUUU